AUGUUAUCGUGGAAUCUCUCCUGCUCUCCUUCAAGGGGACUGGUGAGAUCUGCGCGCGUAGAAUUGCGACCAACACCCGUCUAUCCCCAGCCAUGGCGACUCACCUUAAGCGGUCGAAUUUUGCGGCGCUUUUCCGUCCCCGUCCAUGAUACCUCAUCACUCAAAAGAUCUCUUCAAGUUCCCGCAUCCCCUAGAUUUAACGAGAUCGGUGUUCAACAAUUAAGCGACUAUAUAUAUCCUCAAGUGUUCCCUAACAAGGGUCGCAUACCUGAUCCUGAGCUCGUUGCCUUAUCCAAAGACCAUUUGGCCAGACAUGACCUCCUCGGAAAGUCCCAAACAGCAGAUCCCAUCGCAUUCGACAUGCCCCCUCUCCAGGGACAGACUCUUGAUGAACAUUUCUACAAACUUGGAAUGGAUGCAUCAGAACCAUAUCUGACAUUCGCCAAGUCAUAUGCAGCCGUGAACUGUCCGACAAAACCGCGCAAAUGGGUGAAACGCAGUGGAUGGACCAAAUACAACUCGGACGGCUCGUCGGAGCCUGUAGAUGCUCCGGAUGAGGAGAUGCUUACAUUCGAUACUGAGGUUAUGUACAAGGACAACUCAUUCGCAGUCAUGGCUUGCGCAGUCAGCCCAACAACUUGGUAUGCAUGGCUAUCGCCGUGGCUUCUGGGUGAAACCGAGGAGAAAGUACACUUGAUACCUCUGGGUGACCCGUCAAAGCCCAGGAUAGUGGUGGGACACAAUAUUGGAUAUGACCGUGCUCGGGUGCUGGAGGAAUACGACAUGCGACAAUCUCAAAACUUUUUCGUCGACACCAUGUCUCUGCACGUGGCCGUGAAUGGAAUGUGUUCACAGCAAAGGCCAACAUGGAUGCGCCAUAAGAAGAAUAAGGACCUCCGCGACAAAAUUGCCAGCGACCACAACUCCGCCGAAUUGGCUUCAUUGCUCGAAAACAACAUGCUACGUGAGGAGGAGGAAGAAUUAUGGGUUGGCCGAAGUUCCGUGAAUUCCUUGAGAGAUGUGGCGAAGUUUCACUGCGAUGUGACUAUCGACAAGGCACAGAGAGAUUUCUUCGGCGAACUUGACAGGAAAACUCUUUUAACAAAAUGGGAGGAACUUGUGGACUACUGUGCUGCGGAUGUGGCGAUUACCCACCGCGUCUAUCGGAAGGUCUUCCCCAAUUUCCUCGAGACUUGCCCUCACCCGGUCAGUUUCGGUGCCCUGCGACACUUGUCCUCGGUCAUUCUUCCCGUCAACCAGACAUGGCAAGAAUACCUGACCAAGGCCGAGGAAACAUACCAUAAAAGACUAGAUGAUGUCCAACGGAAACUCAUUGAACUGUGCAACGAAGCUUUGAAGAGGAAAGAUCAGCCAGAUGUUUAUACAAAUGAUCCUUGGUUACAGCAGCUGGACUGGUCCGGCCAAGAGAUCAAAAUGGUUAAAGGAAAGAAGAAGGGUGACCCCCCUCGCCCAGCAGCGCGGCAGAAGAAACCAGGCAUGCCCAAGUGGUACAAGGAUCUUUUCCCCAGCAGUACCUCCGACAUCAAUUUGACAGUGCGAACUCGGAUUGCGCCCAUAUUGCUCAAGCUGUCUUGGGACGGAUACCCACUCAUUUGGUCUGACAAGCACGGCUGGACCUUUCGCGUUCCUCGUGACCAGGUUAAAAAAUAUGAGAAUCAGCCGGUUGUUCUCUGUGACAUGACUGAAGAGAAGUUCCAGCAAUUGCGGGAUGACAGAAAAAACACAUACUUCAAAAUUCCUCACAAGGAUGGCCCCCAGGCGAGAUGCACAAACCCACUGGGUAAAGGCUACAUGCAAUAUUUCGAGCGUGGAAUCUUGUCAUCAGAGUUCGAGCUGGCUAAGGAAGCCUUGGACAUGAACGCCUCUUGCUCUUAUUGGAUUAGUGCUCGAGACCGGAUCAUGAGUCAGAUGGUGGUCUACCAGGACCAACUUAGAGCGACGGGCGUGGAAAAUAAGGAUGAGAACCGACUGGGUUUCAUUUUACCACAGAUCAUCCCAAUGGGUACUAUCACUCGCCGUGCUGUGGAGAAUACGUGGCUCACUGCAAGCAACGCGAAAGGAAAUCGUGUUGGCUCAGAGCUCAAGGCCAUGAUCAAAGCGCCCCCUGGAUACUCGUUUGUCGGCGCUGAUGUUGAUUCUCAAGAGCUUUGGAUUGCCAGUCUUGUCGGCGAUGCAUCUUUCCAGAUCCACGGUGGGAAUGCCAUUGGUUUCAUGACACUGGAAGGCGCCAAGGCUGCAGGAACUGAUCUGCACUCUCGCAGUGCGCAAAUUCUGGGAAUCUCUCGCAACGAUGCCAAGGUCUUCAACUACGGGCGCAUUUAUGGCGCCGGCGUCAAGUUUGCUGCUACUCUUCUCCGCCAGUUCAACCCGUCAUUGACUGAGAGAGAAACGCAGCAGACGGCAGCAAACCUGUACAAGGAGACUAAGGGCAUACGAACUUCACGUCGCAUUCUCAGUGAAUCUCCUUUCUGGCGAGGUGGCACUGAAUCCUUUGUGUUCAAUAAAUUGGAGGAGUUUGCCGACCAAGAAAAGCCUCGAACCCCUGCUUUGGGCGCUGGAAUCACCGAGGCCCUGAUGCGCCGCUUCAUCAACAAAGGCAGUUUCAUGACAUCCCGCAUCAACUGGGCUAUCCAAUCUUCUGGGGUCGAUUAUCUUCACCUUCUCAUCAUUGGAAUGGACUAUCUGAUUCGGCGGUUUAACAUUCAAGCUCGCUUAUCAAUUACCGUCCAUGAUGAAAUCAGGUACUUGGUCAAAGACGAGGAUCGAUACCGCGCGGCUCUAGCACUGCAGAUCGCCAACGUCUGGACCCGUGCUAUAUUCUCACAGCAAGUGGGCAUUGACGAUCUGCCUCAGUCAUGUGCCUAUUUCUCCGCCGUUGAUAUUGAUCAUGUGCUGCGAAAGGAGGUUGACAUGGAUUGCAUCACACCUUCACAUCCUCACAAGAUUCCUCACGGUGAAACUUUGGACAUUACUCAAAUCUUGGAUCGCGACCAGCUCGCUUUCCUGGAUCCUUCUAUUGUACCAACAUCCCCUCCUCGCCCGGAGAUGUAUACCUAUACGCCACGAGAAUCCGUCAUGUCAAGCUUUGAGCCAUCUGAUGCAGCAUUCAUCAAAGCCCAGAUUACUAAGGAUGACAAGGAACUCCGCGACAUCAUCAAAGAGAUAACCCCUGUCACCAAACCAUCAGGCUUGCGUCCUUCUUCAGCUAAAUCCCUGGCCAAGGCCAAUGGCUGGGUUUCCGCACAACCCCAGCGCGCAGUCCUGAUGGAUAUGGAGUCUGGUCUUUAUCCUGAUUUCCGAACCCCACCUCGCAAUUCUGCACACGGAGGCAAGCAGCCACAAGUAGGAUUUGAUCGACCUGCUUGGAAACCCCGGCCAUAUGCUCGGGCCUAG